GACAUGGUCCGGAGCAUGAUUAGUCUGACAACAUUGCCAGAAUCAUUUUGGGGAUAUGCAUUGAAAACAGCAGCACACACACUCAACAGAGUUCCAUCUAAAGCUGUCGAGAGCACACCAUACGAACUAUGGCGUGGGAGAAAACCGAGUUUCUCGUACUUUAAGAUUUGGGGCUGUGAAGCUUAUGUAAAACGUCUCAUGACGUCUAGUAAGUUGGAGCCUAAAUCUGAUAAAGUAAUUUUUUGUGGGAUACCCCAAGAAAACUAGAGGGUAUGAGUUCUAUCAUCCAUCCGAUAACAAAAUUUUCGUUGCUCGGAAUGGAACCUUCCUUGAGAAGGAGUUUCUUUCUGCUAUCACUAGUGGGAGAAAGGUAGACCUCGAAGAAAUUCGAGAACCACAA